AUGAAGCUUUCUAUCUUCAGCACCGCGUUUAGCGUGAUAGCUUGCGCGGUUGCUACAACGCCAUCUCACUCUCAAGCCAGAGCCCACGUCCGCCGUGGUGGGGAUCAUGAGACGCAAAUCCCCGGUUUCUUCACUGGAAGUUGCACCCAGGAGAAGAUGACCAUUCGUAAAGAAUGGCGGCAUUUGUCCAAAUCGGAGCAGAACAAGUUCCUCGACGCUAUUCAGUGCUUGAUGAACAGUCCGGCCAAGUCAGGGCUCACGGCCACAACCAGCCGCUUCAAUGAUCUCCAAGCUCUUCAUCGUGGCAUGACAAAUACCGCCUAUGCGGAUAUCAUUCACCAUUUCGGCCAAUUCUUGCCGUGGCAUCGCUACUACAUUCAUUUUUACGAGACUUUUCUCCGUGAUGAGUGUGGCUACACUGGCUCUAUCCCGUGGUGGAGCGAACAAAAGGACGCAGACGGUGGCAACAUGUGGCAGUCUUCUAUGUGGGGAGAAGAUGCCUUUGGAGGCAAUGGAACUGGCUCUGAAAACUGUGUCACUGAUGGUCGCUUCGCGAACUACACGCUCCACAUCGGUCCAGGCGAUGAAGACACCGACUACUGCCUACGUCGCGCAUGGGACACCGAACAUGCAGUUGCUAAUGCCAACAGCACCGCUCUCGAUAUGUGCAAUUCAUACAAUACGUACUCUCCUUGGUGGGAUUGCAUUUCGAACAUCCCUCACAAGGGCGUACACACCUAUAUUGGUGGAGUGAUGUCCGAUAUCAAGUCGUCCCCUGGUGACCCUAUUUUCUUCAUGCAUCAUAUGUACAUCGAUCGGGUCUGGUGGCUGUGGCAGAAGCAAGAUCCUGUCAAUCGGCUGUACGACAUCAGCGGCCCUACCUUGAACCAAACGGCAAAUGUUGAGCCAGCUGGCGGUUGGCAAAACGCCACUCUUCAUUACGAGCUUUCAUCUUUCAACAUCAAGCCAAACACGACAAUUGGUCAUGUGAUGAACACCGAGGGUGGCUACUUGUGCUACAGAUACGACUAG